GGCUUAAAUUGAGGAAAAUUGUAAUAUUUUACAUCUUUGAGUUACAAAUCAUCCCACUACCUUAGAAAUGCCUCUCUCCGAGAUGAUUGCUUCUUUAGGAAGCAAUCAGUACUUUUCAGCCGGAUUUGGACUAGUUGGCGUGGGUGCAGGGCUUGCAGUGUUACGAAAGGGAGGUCAGUUUGCUUUCACUGCCUUCCGACGAUACGCGAUCAUUACUCUUGAAGUUCCAAGCAAAGACAAGAGUUACCACUGGGUUCUACAGUGGAUCGCCGCUCAGGGUCAAAGAGCCCAGCAUCUCAGUGUAGAGACAACUUUUCAACAACACGAAACAGGGAAAAUAAACACGCGAUUCGACUUCUCGCCUUGUCCUGGGGUUCAUUUCUUCAAGUACAAAAACAGCUUCGUUCGUGUAGAGCGAUCAAGAGAGAAGAUGGUUGAUCUAACCACGGGGGCGCCAUGGGAGACUGUAACACUCACAUCUCUUGCAACAAACAAACAGUUGUUUUUCGAUAUCUUGAGCGAGGCAAGGCAAAUGGCACUUGAAAAACAAGAAGGAAAAACUGUUAUGUACACAGCGAUGGGUGCCGACUGGAGACAGUUUGGUUUUCCAAGGAGAAAGAGACCGCUGGAUUCUGUGAUUCUGGAUGAUGGUGUCUCUCAGAAAAUUUUGGCUGAUGUUAAAGAAUUCAUUGCAUCUGCCAAGUGGUACAUAGACAGAGGUAUUCCAUACCGAAGAGGAUAUUUGUUGUAUGGGCCUCCUGGAUGUGGGAAAAGCAGCUUUAUACAAGCACUAGCAGGAGCUCUGGACUACAGCAUAUGUGUCAUGAACUUAAGUGAUCGCAGUCUGUCAGAUGACCGCCUAAACCAUUUAAUGAGUGUAGCACCCCAGCAAAGUAUUAUUCUGUUAGAGGAUAUUGAUGCUGCCUUUGUAAAGAGAACUGAUGAGAAGGAAGAAGGGAGAGCAAGUGGUUACGUAAACAGGGUGACUUUUAGUGGUCUUCUGAACACCUUGGAUGGCGUGGCAUCAUCUGAAGAACGCAUUGUUUUCAUGACUACUAAUCACCUGGACAGGCUUGAUCCAGCCCUCAUACGACCAGGCAGGGUGGAUGUCAAACAGGAGAUUGGCCUCGCUUCCAAAUCUCAGUUACAAAAGAUGUACACUCGCUUUUAUCCCGACCAGAUUCCUUCUUGCGCAGAGGAGUUCGCGGACAAAGUAUUUAGAUUGAAGCAGGGAAGAAGCAUCGCGCAGAUACAAGGACACUUUAUGCUAUUCAAAAACGACCCUCUAGGUGCCAUAGAAAAUAUCGAAAUUCUUAGAAACUAG